GGGGCGCGCGGGACGGAAGCGGAGCGAAGGCGCCGGGGAGGUGGAAGACGAGCCCCGCUCAGGUUACCAUCAAAGAACAUGAUUUUGGUCUAGGGGCUCCAGUUUCUGAAGCUGAAAAAUACCAGAAUACUCUCCACCUAGAACAAGAAGUGAGAAACCAAGACAGAUUCAUCUCUACACUGAAAUUACAGAUUAAAGAUCUCAAACAGACAAAUCAUGGCUUGGAAGAAUAUGUUAGGAAACUCUUGGAUAGUAAGGAUGUAGUAAGCAGUCAAAUAGAUGAUUUAACCAGCCACAAUGAGCAUCUUUGUAAAGAAUUGAUUAAAAUUGACCAACUAGCAGAGCAACUAGAAGAAGAGAAAAAUUUUGUGGUGGAUACCGCCAACAAGGAACUUGAAGAAGCAAAGAUUGAACUUAUUUGCCAACAAAAUAAUAUAAUAGUAUUGGAAGAUACAAUAAAAAGGCUUAAAUCUAUAAUUUUAGAGACUGAAAAAGCACAACAUAAAUCUCCUUCCAGACUUGAUUCCUUUGUCAAGACUCUAGAAGCAGACAGAGAUUACUACAAGAGUAAAGCUCAAAAUUUGAGAAAGAUGAUGAGAAGUAGAUCUAAAAGUCCAAGACGCCCGUCUCCAUGUGCUCGGGUUGCAAACUGUGAUGUAGAGCUUUUGAAGACAACAACAAGAGAUCGUGAAGAACUUAAAUGCAUGCUGGAAAAAUAUGAGCGUCAUUUGGCAGAAAUUCAGGGUAAUGUCAAGGUUCUUACAUCUGAAAGAGAUAAGACCUUCCUUCUUUAUGAACAGGCACAGGAAGAAAUUGCCCGACUUCGACGAGAAAUGAUGAAAAGCUGUAAGUCUCCUAAAUCAACAACAGCGCAUGCUAUUCUCCGGCGGGUGGAGACUGAAAGAGAUGUAGCCUUCACUGAUUUACGACGAAUGACCACAGAACGAGAUAGUCUGAGGGAAAGGCUAAAGAUUGCCCAAGAGACAGCAUUUAAUGAGAAGGCUCACUUGGAACAAAGGAUAGAGGAGCUGGAGUGUACAGUUCAUAACCUUGAUGAUGAACGUAUGGAGCAAAUGUCAAAUAUGACUUUGAUGAAGGAAACGAUAACCACUGUGGAAAAAGAAAUGAAAUCACUAGCAAGAAAGGCAAUGGAUACCGAAAGUGAACUUGGCAGGCAAAAAGCAGAGAAUAACUCUUUGAGACUUUUAUAUGAAAAUACAGAAAAAGAUCUUUCUGAUACUCAGCGACACCUUGCUAAGAAAAAAUAUGAGCUACAGCUUACUCAGGAGAAAAUUAUGUGCCUGGAUGAAAAAAUUGAUAAUUUUACAAGGCAAAGUAUUGCGCAGCGAGAAGAAAUCAGCAUUCUUGGUGCAACUCUUAAUGAUAUGGCUAAAGAGAAGGAAUGCCUGCAAGCAUGUUUGGAUAAAAAAUCUGAGAAUAUUGCAUCCCUUGGAGAGAGUUUGGCAAUGAAAGAAAAGACCAUUUCAGGCAUGAAGAAUAUCAUUGCUGAGAUGGAACAGGCGUCAAGACAGUCUACUGAAGCCCUAAUUAUGUGUGAACAAGACAUUUCCAGAAUGCGCCGGCAAUUGGAUGAAACAAAUGAUGAGCUGGCCCAGAUUGCCAGGGAAAGAGAUAUCUUGGCUCAUGAGAAUGACACUCUCCAAGAACAGUUUGCUAAAGCUAAACAAGAAAACCAGGCACUGUCCAAAAAAUUGAACGAUACUCAUAAUGAACUUAACGACAUAAAACAGAAGGUCCAAGAUACUAAUUUGGAGGUUAACAAGCUGAAGAAUAUAUUAAAGUCUGAAGAAUCUGAGAACCGGCAAAUAAUGGAACAACUCCGAAAAGCCAAUGAAGAUGCUGAAAACUGGGAAAAUAAGGCCCGUCAAUCAGAGGCAGAUAACAAUACCCUCAAACUGGAACUUAUCACUGCUGAGGCAGAGGGUAACAGAUUAAAAGAAAAAGUAGAUUCCCUCAACAGAGAGGUUGAGCAACACUUAAAUGCAGAAAGGUCUUAUAAGUCCCAGAUUUCUACCUUACAUAAGUCUGUUGUAAAGAUGGAAGAGGAACUUCAGAAGGUUCAGUUUGAAAAAGUAUCUGCCCUUGCGGAUUUGUCUUCCACAAGGGAACUCUGUAUUAAACUCGAUUCGAGCAAAGAACUUCUUAAUCGACAACUGGUUGCUAAAGAUCAAGAAAUAGAAAUGAUGGAAAAUGAGUUAGAUUCUGCUCAUUCUGAAAUAGAACUCCUCAGGAGUCAGAUGACAAAUGAAAGAAUCUCCAUGCAAAAUCUAGAAGCUUUGCUGGUGGCCAAUCGAGACAAAGAAUAUCAAUCUCAGAUAGCACUUCAGGAAAAAGAAUCUGAAAUUCAGCUUCUUAAAGAACACCUUUGUUUGGCAGAAAAUAAAAUGGCCAUCCAGAGUAGAGAUGUAGCCCAGUUCAGAAAUGUAGUAACGCAGUUGGAAGCCGAUUUAGAUAUUACCAAAAGACAACUAGGGACAGAGCGCUUUGAAAGGGAGAGGGCUGUACAGGAACUUCGUCGCCAGAAUUACUCAAGUAAUGCUUAUCAUUUGAGUUCUACAAUGAAGCCAAAUACAAAAUGUCAUUCACCCGAACGUGCUCACCAUCAGUCUCCUGACCGAGGCCUCGAUCGAUCGUUAGAAGAGAAUCUUUGCUAUAGAGAUUUCUGACACACGAAAAGAUUCUUCACAUCCUUGAGAAAGGUCAAAGUUACAAAC